UUAGUACGCCUGAACCAUCCUAAGUCAGCCUGCUUCAUUUCAUCAUCCACAGAAAGAUUUCUCUCGUGCAAUUCCGCAACAAGUUAUGUGUCAAUUAUCCAGGAUCAGGCGUUACACGCGCUCAAUGUUCACAGGAUUGACUGCUGUGGGCUGGGAACCACCACACCCAGGAUCGACACUGACAGACGUACGGCCAUCUUUGAAACAUUUACACCAUUUAAAUGUCUUACUGCGGCUGAGCGUCUCAUCACCGUACUGUGCUUGAAGUCUUCUGUAGAUAUCCGCGGGUUUUACACCUUCCUUCACAAGAAACUUGUGCCAUGCACACACUAACACUGUUGUCUGCCAUCUUGUUUAAUGGUCCCUGGACUGGCCCGCAACAU